UAGUCUGUCUCGUUGAUAUAUUAUUUUAAGUAUAUAAAUAUGGACGAUAUGUCCCAUUUAAAUAUGCCAGGGUUUAGCGGAGGGCCAAAUUUCUCGAGAUCGACAACAGUACUGAAUACCUGCAUUUGUUGUUUGGCUAUAAACGUUCCGCUUGUGAAACUAACAAAUUGUAAACACGUAGAGUAUUUUGAAUGUGUCUUUGAAUUUAAGUUAGAGUAUGCAGCAAGUUUUGUCUGCUAUGCAUGUCAUGGCACACUCAAGGAUAUUUACCAAUUCAAGCGACAGGUGGAAGAUAGUCUUUCAAAUCUUAACAAACAGGUUAAUAACGUAGAUCGUAACAACACAAAACUUUCUAAACUCACACAAGCCGACAUAGAAAUAUUCCAUACACAGAACUCAGAGCCCAUUGAAAAAGAAGUCAUCAAACCAAGCAGCUACAUGGAAAUAAAAACAGAAGUUAAAAUCGAAGUCGAACAGGAAUACUCGGACCUUGAGAAUGAUGUCCCGUUAUCCGAGAUUAAAGAAAAAGAGAAAGAUCCUAAUACUCCGUUCUUCAUACACAAGCAUCGAGGAAAGAUUAAACUUGUCACGUUAAAUGAAGAAGAAAUGUGGGAAGAAAGGAGAAGAGAAGCGGUCAAGGAAAAGUAUUUGAAAUUGCUGUAUAAGUGUGAGAGUUGCAUAGUCGGGUUUGACCAUGAGCCGAGUUUGAAAGAGCAUAUGGAAAAGAGACAUACUGAGACAAGCGGAAGUACUACAUGUGCGAUAUGUAAGUCGGUGCUUAUUUCUGUAGCGUCCUAUAAGGAACACAUGAGACGGCACUAUCGGAGGGUAGACUGUGGGGUGUGCGGGGCGCGCUACAAUACGGUCACGUCUGCGCAGUCGCACUACGACAAGAUGCAUGCGACUUCACCCACUAAAUACAAGUGCGAGCAAUGUGGACACACUACAACUUCGGACCGCGGCAUGCGCUACCAUCGUGAAUCGCACAAGACGGGUAGAGUGAACUGCGACAAAUGUGAUAAAGACUUCGUGAACAACACCGGGCUCAGGGUGCACAUGUACACAGUCCACAAAGUCUCCAAUCGCACGUACUCUUGCAAAGUGUGCUCCAAAACGUACCGGCAGCGCUCCGGCCUCCACUCGCACAUGGAGUCCGCGCACGGGGCCCACGGCGGGGCCUACUGCGCGCCGUGCCGCACGCACUUCCGCACCGAACACAAUCUGAGGCACCACCUCAAUACGCACAGCAAACACACCAAUGAGAGUGAUAAAAAAUUCGUAUGUACCGUGUGCGACGCUCGCUUCAUAUUGAGGUGCCAGCUCAAAAACCAUGUCGACUGGGUGCACCUCAAAAACAACAGGCAUACGUGCGAUGAGUGCAGUAAGGUAUUCAAGAGCCAGCCUAAGCUGCGUCGCCAUAUAAACUACGUUCACGAGAAGAAGAGGCCUCCGCGAAACAAGAUGUGCGACCACUGCGGCCGCGGGUUCACGACAAUGGCGAUCCUGCGCUCGCACAUCCGCACGCACACGGGCGAGCGGCCGCACUCGUGCGCGCACUGCCCCGCCACCUUCGCGCACUCCGCGGCCCUCUACACGCACACCAAGCUGCUGCACACACAGAAAACUACUGUGACUUGAGAUAAUUUGACGAGGACGCGU